AUGCAGCGCGCAUUAACAAGCAGGGCCUCGGCUCUCCGUUCGUCCUCGAAGCUUCGCCCGAUCACAUCUUCCUUUAAUGCUCAGCAACUGAGAUUCGCACACAAGGAGCUCAAGUUUGGAGUGGAAGCACGAGCUGCUCUCCUAGCUGGUGUAGAGACUUUGGCGAAAGCUGUGUCAACCACCCUCGGCCCCAAAGGACGCAAUGUCCUCAUCGAGUCUCCUUAUGGAGCACCAAAGAUCACAAAAGAUGGUGUGACUGUUGCAAAGGCUAUCACACUCCAGGACAAAUUUGAAAAUCUCGGAGCCAGACUUAUCCAAGACGUCGCUUCGAAAACAAACGAGACUGCAGGAGAUGGAACUACCACCGCUACCGUUCUCGCUCGUGCCAUCUUCUCCGAGACUGUCAAGAAUGUCGCUGCAGGUUGCAACCCAAUGGACUUGAGAAGGGGUACCCAAGCCGCCGUCGAAGCUGUUGUUGAGUUCUUGCAGAAGAACAAGCGAGAUAUCACCACAAGCGAAGAGAUUGCUCAAGUUGCCACCAUAUCCGCAAAUGGAGACACUCAUAUUGGAAAAUUGAUUGCCAAUGCUAUGGAGAAGGUUGGAAAGGAGGGUGUUAUCACUGUCAAGGAGGGCAAGACGAUGGAAGACGAACUUGAAGUCACUGAGGGUAUGCGAUUUGACCGUGGAUUCGUUUCACCAUACUUUAUCACCGAUACCAAGACCCAAAAGGUCGAGUUUGAGAAACCCUUGAUCCUCCUUUCGGAGAAGAAGAUCUCCCAGGUUGCGGAUAUCAUUCCAGCUCUUGAGGCUUCUACUCAGCUUCGUCGUCCACUUGUUAUUAUUGCAGAGGAUAUCGAGGGAGAGGCUCUUGCAGUCUGCAUCUUGAACAAGCUCCGUGGCCAACUCCAGGUUGCAGCUGUCAAGGCCCCUGGCUUCGGUGACAACCGCAAAUCAAUUCUCGGUGAUCUAGGUAUCUUGACCAACGCUACUGUUUUCACUGAUGAGUUGGAUAUCAAGCUUGAGAAGGCUACCCCAGACAUGUUCGGAUCUACUGGUUCAAUCACAAUCACCAAAGAGGACACCAUCAUCCUCAACGGGGAAGGAAGCAAGGACGCUAUCAGCCAGAGAUGCGAGCAGAUCCGUGGAGUUAUGAGUGACCCAACCACCUCUGACUACGAGAAGGAGAAGCUCCAGGAGCGUCUCGCAAAACUCUCCGGUGGUGUCGCUGUCAUCAAGGUUGGUGGUUCGUCUGAAGUCGAGGUUGGGGAGAAGAAGGACCGUUUCGUGGAUGCUCUCAAUGCUACUCGUGCUGCUGUUGAAGAAGGUAUUCUUCCAGGUGGUGGAACUGCUCUUCUCAAAGCAGCAAGCCAAGCGCUUGGUAACAUCAAGUCCGCAAACUUUGAUCAGCAACUUGGUGUUGGAAUCGUCAAGAGCGCGAUCACCAAGCCUGCCCGCAUGAUCGUUGAGAACGCCGGCGCUGAGGGCUCUGUCGUUGUCGGUAAGCUCAUGGAUGAUUUCGGAACCGAUUUCAACAAGGGAUUCGAUAGCGCCAAAGGUGAAUAUGUCGAUAUGAUUGCUGCUGGUAUUGUCGAUCCAUUCAAGGUCGUACGAACCGGACUAGUAGAUGCCAGUGGUGUUGCUUCAUUACUCGGCACAACCGAGGUUGCCAUUACUGAGGCACCUGAAGAGAAGGGUCCUCCAGGUGGAGGUAUGGGUGGGAUGGGUGGGAUGGGCGGUAUGGGUGGAAUGAUGUAA